CUUCGGGUCUUCUGUCCCGUUGUCCUCUUUCAUGAACCAAUUUUCCGACAAAAUGAAUAUGGUCAUGAUUACGUUCCUCAUAUAUGUCCAGCGGACGAAGACCAUAAUGAAAUGAUCAGAAACAAUAAAAAACGUGUGGAUGAUAUGUUGAAUAAAAACAGUCAACAUUGGCGAAUUGUAUUUGAAGAUUGCAGAGCUUAUGAAAAAAACAAAAUUCUCGAUCGCGACUCGAUGAUGGAUACUACACAAUCACUACCGCUACCAACAUCACUGCUUUCAAACUCUAUUUACACUCACCAGCAUCCCCAUGACCAUCAAACUGUAGAUGGGACUCUUAUCAAACCACCAAAAAGACGGCGUGGAAACUUACCAAAAUCUACGACAGCCUUAUUAAAAAACUGGCUAGCCCAACACAAAAAGCAUCCGUAUCCUACCGAAGAAGAGAAGUCAGCCCUCGCUAAAGAAACAAGAUUAAGUCUUCAACAGAUUUCAAACUGGUUCAUUAAUGCUAGAAGAAGACAUUUACCUCAUCUACUUGAAUCCGACUUUGUCAACGGCAAUUCAAUGAAUUCUAGGAGUUCUAACGAUCUUGAUAUUUAUCCCUACGAGACCUCCGAAAAUUCUAUUGAAGAUAGCGCUUCGGAUAACGGCAGAUUCAUGAGGCGUCAUACUAUGAAAACAUGUAGAAUUCAAAAAACCGGGGCUAUAAAAAAGCCUUAUAGAAGAAAGCCUUCUCUGUAA